UGAUGAGAACAUUUUGGGCUUUUGGUUUUGAUACGUUUAUGUGUUAUGGGUUUGGGUCAAUGGGUCUUAGUUCCUUUUGGUUUUGGUUUUCCUUUUGUAUUUGGGAAUGGGUUGGCCGAGUAGUCUAGGGAGGUUAGUAGGAUUCGGGUAGGUUUAGGUCUCGUAUUAGGUUUUCUAAGCCUAUAAAUAUGUACCUUUGGCAUUAGUUCCGUAUCAAUCAAAUAAAUCAAAG